CUUACCACCAGUGAGCCUAGCCAUCCUCUCCUGUAGCCAUGGAGAACUUCUCCCUCCCUGAAACCAAUUCCUCAUGUGCAGACUGCACUGGAAGAGGACAUGGGAGUCUGAAUAUGUCCACUACUCCAGUAAGCCCCAGGUUCUACAUCACAGUGCCUGUCAUCUACUCUGUCAUCUGUGCCGUGGGAUUGACAGGCAACACUGCUGUCAUCUAUGUCAUCCUCAAAGCACCGAAGAUGAAAACAGUAACUAACAUCUUCAUCCUCAACCUGGCCAUUGCUGAUGAGCUCUUUACCUUGGUGCUGCCCAUCAACAUUGCUGACUACCUGCUCCUGCAGUGGCCCUUUGGAGAGCUCAUGUGCAAGUUCAUCAUCUCCAUAGACCAGUACAACAUCUUCUCCAGCAUCUAUUUCCUCACUGUCAUGAGCAUUGACCGCUACCUCGUUGUGGCAGCCACCACCAAGUCCAGGAAGGUGUCCUACCGCACCUACCGAGCAGCCAAGAUUGUCAGCCUCUGUGUCUGGUCCUUUGUCACCGUCAUCAUCCUGCCCUUCGCCGUCUUUGCCAAGAUACACGAGGAGCAGGGGCGCUCCCACUGUGUCUUCGUGUUCCCCCACCCCGAGAGCGUGUGGUGGAAAGGCAGUCGGAUCUACACCCUUAUUUUAGGCUUUGUCAUCCCAGUGUCCACCAUCUGCACCCUGUACACCACCAUGCUGUGCAGACUGAGACACGUGCAGCUCCACUGCAAUGCAAAGGCUCUGGACAAAGCCAAGAAGAAGGUGACGCUGAUGGUGGUUGCUAUCCUAGGUGUGUGCCUGCUCUGCUGGAUGCCCUUUCACCUUAGCACAGUGGUGGCCCUCAUUAUGGACAUCCCACAAACUCCCCUGGUCAUUGGGAUUUCCUAUUUCAUCACCAGCCUAAGCUAUGCCAACAGCUGCUUCAACCCUUUCCUGUACGCCUUUCUGGAUGAAGGCUUCCGGAGGAGCUUUCGCAGACUGAUCAAUCGCAGAGCCACCUCAUAAAGCCGGCCCAGCCCUCUCUCCUGUUCUGUCCUGUGUCCCUGUCACAGUCACCUGCUCUUCCUGGGUGAUUCCAGCCCAGAGAGUGCUUUCUCUCCAGUCUCCUCGUGAUGGCUCACUAGGCUUCAGGUUGUUGCACUACCCAGGACAUGAACUGGGGACAGGUAGAUCUUUCUCACCUCCUGCACUCAUUUCCUUAGCGCUGCCCUGGCUUUUUGCUAGUUUGUUGUUGGCUUUUUUUAAUUCCUUUUCUCUAGUGCUCACAGAGCUGCCGCAGGUCCCUUUUCCCUUUUGAAAGGCAUUGCUUUGUGAACUCAAGCCACAUGACUGU